AAAUCCUAGUUACAUUCUAGUUUCACCAAAUUUCAGCACAAACCACAGAUAAUGUACUUGCAUAAAAUUUGCCGAAAUUGAAAGCAAACCGAAAACUUUACCUUAUUCGAAAGGGCAGCAGUUUUUUCGGAUUUCGAGAAAGAAUCCUCGGCGCAACUCUUGACGGUCUCGACCAACUUCGUCCCACUGUCGCGAAAUCAAUUUUCUCGUUAAAAGUCGCCGUUUAACUGCUGGAUCGAUCUCGACGGCCCGAGUUUGCAUCAUGCGGUAAACUAAAUCAUUCCCGAAGUUUCGAUCGAUGAGAAUGUCCUCGUUAGUGGCCCAUACAUGGACUUUGUCUAGUCCAGGUCCAGAUGAACUCCGGCCCAAUACUGUUGCAGACCGGCCCUUUAUAACCAGGGGUUGUCUUUGUCUUCCUCAAUCUCUCUUCGUCUCCCCGUUCCUUUUCCUUCCUCUCUCUCUUCAUCAGUUCAUCUCCUUUUUCUUUCUCCACUCCAUUCCUCCAUUCUCCACUCUUAUCCUAAUCCUUCCAUCAAUCCUAACGAGCCAAUCACCGGCGACGCGCACCACAUUCAGAUCUCUUCUGCUCGUCUGAUCUGCUUUCUUUCUUUUGUCGAUUUCAAGUACCGGAGGCUGUGGGUCAUCCAAAUUCGAGUAUAAUUAUUUCUACGUAGAGCAGCCAUCCGAACUAGAACUUGAAAGUGGAAUUGAUUCGGUGGUUAUAUCAAGAAAUCGAAUGGAACCCUAGCCUGAACUUGAAGAAGGUAGAUUCUUUUCAUCUGUUUGUGCAACAUGUCGUCCUUUUCUUAUUCUCCUGGUGGAUCGUUUGGAAGCCCCAGCUUGAUACUGUAAAGAGAAAAGGGAAGUGACAAUUUAGAUAACAAUGAGCACUUGCUAAAGUGGAUGCUUGCUUACAAUUGGUGAACUCAUGGCCAAUGUUAGGGAUAGAACUGAAGAUUUCAAGGAUGCUGUCCGUGCUGGGGCUCUUUCCCUCGGAUAUACUGAGUCUAAAUUGGCUGCAAUCUUGGCGUCCUUUAUUAUGCACAAGCCACCCCAAAGGUCACCAUUUACAAAAGCUGCACUCAAGACGCUCGAAAGCAUCGCAGAAUUGGAACGUUUUAUUGUAAAGCAUCAGAAAGAUUAUGUGGAUUUGCAUCGCAUUACAGAACAAGAAAGGGACAACAUUGAGCAUGAAGUUGGUGUUUUUGUAAAAGCAUGCAAGGACCAGAUAGAUAUUCUUAAGAAUAGAAUACAUGAUGAAGAGAAGAACGGAAAUUCUAAGACAUGGCUUCGCAUACGGGAUGAUACUUCUCAUGCUGAUAUGGUAGCUCACAGGCAUGGUGUGGUUUUGAUUCUGAGUGAGCGGCUCCACUCGGUCACUGCUCGGUUUGACCGGCUUAGAUCUAUACGCUUUCAGGAUGCUAUUAAUAGGGCAAUGCCAAGAAGAAAGAUGCCGAGAAUAGCUGACUCAAAAUCUUUUGAAGCCUCUAAACCGGAGCUUACAGAUCUUGGAGAGCAAAUGCUGCCUUCAGGACCUGUGAAAGUCCAGGAUCAACUUCUGGACGAUGAAACAAGAGCUCUUCAGGUAGAGUUGACGGGUCUCCUUGAUGCUGUUCAAGAAACAGAAACUAAGAUGGUGGAGAUGUCAGCAUUGAAUCAUCUCAUGUCGACCCAUGUUCUACAGCAAGCUCAGCAGAUUGAGCAUUUGUAUGAACAGGCAAUUGAAGCUACAAAGAAUGUGGAGCAAGGUAACAAGGAACUCUCUCAAGCAGUCCAGCGAAAUAGCAGCAGCAGAACUUUUCUUUUGCUCUUUUUGUUUGUCCUUACUUUCGCCAUUCUCUUUCUCGACUGGUAUAGCUGAGUAGAGAUGUAAUUUUUCAUUCCUUUCUUCUUGAUGCCCAAAUGACAUAACUUAAAGCAGUAAACCAAGCGUACAGAUCUAUAAUUAGUUUUAUGGCCAUAGUGAGUAUUGUUACUUUUAAAAUUGAA